AUGACCAAGACUGUUUCCUUGUGCACCGAGUGGACCGAGCCUGAUAUUUACGGUCAGGUUCAUCCUGUCGAAACCCCCGCCUUGCUGGACGAGGCAAUCGAGGAGUUUGACCGGCAAGUCCUCGUCUUGCUGGAAGAAGAAGAAGAAGACAACACUGCGAAAACGGUGGUCCACUUGCGGCAGGCCCAAGAGAAAUGUCCUGAGUUGCUGACACGAGACUUCAAAUUGAUGUUUCUUCGAUGCGAUUGUUUUCGGGUGCCGGAUGCUGUAAAGCGCUUUGCCAAGUUUUGGGACAUGAAAGUCGAUUUCUUUGGCAGCACUCGUGCUUGGCAGCCCAUUUCCAUGGACUUGCUCGAAGAACAAGACCAAGUGCCCUUGCAGCAACUAAAACUAGUGCGAUUACUGCCUCAGAAAGAUCCCACUGGUCGGCAAAUUCUCUUUAUGCAAGCCAACCGACAGCAUUGGGAUCAAAUGACACCGUCCAGUGCCGCACGCGCCGUUGCCUAUGUCGUCAUGGCCGCCUUGCAAGACGACGUUGUCACGCAGUGCAAAGGACUGGUCGUCAUGAUGUACUUGAAGGGAGAAACAUCCAGUCAAUUCAAUCGAAAAUUCAUUGCGCUCUUGCUGCAGGCCAUCAAAGGGGCCAUUCCCGUGCGACUCUCGGCGGCGCAUCAAAUUCAUCCCCAAAUCUUUUUGCGGCUCAUUUGGCCCAUGCUCAAACUCCUACUCGACAAGCGCAUGAUGGCACGCCUUCCCAUUUUCGCGGGUGACACGGAACAAGUAUUGGCAGCAUUGAGCAAGUACGGAUAUUCCAAGAGCAUGCUUCCCACCGAAAUGGGUGGAGAUGUCGAACUCGAUGACUAUUUUGAUGAAUGGUUGGAACAACGACGUCAAAUCGAAGGAAAAUAA